GUCAAUUUUGACUAUGUAGAACAGUUUGUUUGUGAACAUCCUAAGCACUGGAGCUUCUACUACCUGCAGAUGAUCUGAAGAGCAGAAGAUCUGGCCCAUUGCACGGUAUGUUAGUGGAUUCCUCUGUAAUUAUACACUUCUGAGGCAAAGACACUAUUCUCUUGGUUUAUGUAGAGGAAAAAACACAUCUUUCUCAAGUAUGAAGCGUGGAAAGUCUCGUGCCUCCAAGGAUGAUGGGAAAGGCCAAGAUGAGCCAGCCAUCCUGGAGACGGAGGACUUGGACAGAAGCUUUGGCAGAGGACCAGACCCUGACACAAUCUCACUGGCCUCUGUUACUGCUGUAACAACCAAUGUCUCUAACAAGAGGUCAAAGCCUGAUAUCAAGAUUGAGCCUAGUGCUGGAAGACCAAUGGAUUUCCAAAUAAGUGUGACUGUCAUAGAGGCCAGACAGCUCGUAGGGCUGAAUAUGGAUCCAGUGGUCUGUGUGGAAAUUGGUGAUGAGAAGAAGUACACCUCAAUGAAGGAGUCAACCAACUGCCCUUAUUACAACGAGUACUUUGUCUUCGACUUCCACCUCCCACCUGAUGUCAUAUUUGACAAAAUCCUGAAGCUGUCAGUAAUCCACUCUAAAAAUCUUCUGCGAAGUGGAACAAUGGUUGGAACCUUCAAGAUGGACGUGGGAAACGUUUAUUCACAACCCGAUCACCAGUUCUACCACAAAUGGGCUGUGUUGUGUGAUCCUGAUGACAUCACUGCAGGGUGUAAAGGCUAUAUCAAAUGUGACAUUGCUGUGGUGGCAAAGGGUGAUAACAUCAAAACUCCACACAAAGCCAAUGAAACUGAUGAGGAUGACAUUGAGGGGAAUCUUCUUUUGCCAGAGGGUGUUCCAGCUGAACGUCAAUGGGCACGAUUCUAUGUGAAAAUUUACAGGGCUGAAGGGCUACCCAAGAUGAACACGAGCAUCAUGGCCAAUGUGAAAAAGGCUUUUAUUGGAGAAAAUAAAGAUCUGGUUGAUCCAUACGUUCAGGUGCAAUUUGCUGGUCAAAAGGGUAAAACAUCAAUCCAGAAGAGCUGCUAUGAACCGAUCUGGAAUGAACAGAUUAUUUUCACUGAACAAUUUCCACCACUGUGCAAGCGCAUGAAGAUACAAAUCCGUGACUCUGACAAAGUAAACGAUGUGGCCAUCGGAACUCAUUUCAUUGACUUACGUAAGAUCUCCAAUGAUGGAGAUAAAGGCUUUCUCCCAACUCUUGGACCAGCCUGGGUCAACAUGUAUGGUUCAACACGGAGCUAUACCCUGAUGGACGAGUACCAGGACCUGAAUGAGGGACUUGGAGAGGGCGUCUCUUUUCGGGCCCGGCUGUUGAUCAGCCUGGCUGUGGAGAUUCUGGACACGUCCUCUCCAGAAGUAAUGAGCUCUACUGAGGUGCAGGUGGAGGGGGUGCCCAAUAUUUCUGAGAAUGCCACUGGGAAGAAUGAGGAAUUUUUCCUGUUUGGAGCAUUCCUGGAAGCGACAAUGAUUGACAGGAAGAUUGGUGAUAAGCCAAUCAACUUUGAAGUUACAAUAGGAAAUUAUGGGAGUGAGGUUGAUGAUACCCCUACCAAACCAAAAACAAAGAAAUCGAAGAAGGGUGACGGUGAUGACGAGGAGUCUGAACUCAUCCAAGGCUCAAGUGAUGAAGAAGCUAUGGAUGAUGGAGAACUGGUGUCAAUCUCCACCACUCCACCAAUGAAACCAGUCAUCACUGACAGGAACUACUUCCACCUCCCAUACUUUGAGAGGAAGCCAUGUAUCUACAUCAAGAGCUGGUGGCAGGACCAGAGAAGGAGACUAUACAAUGCCAACAUAAUAGACAACAUUGCAGAUAAGUUGGAAGAGGGACUGAACGAUGUUCAGGAGAUCAUCAAAACGGAGAAAGCUUUUCCUGAGCGUAGACUCAGAGGGGUUCUAGAGGAACUGAGCAAUGGUUGCAGUACCUUUCUAACAGUGGCAAACAAAGACCAAAACCAGGCAGGGAGGACAAAGUUGGACCGUGAAAGGCUGAAAUCUUGCAUGCGGGAGCUGGAAAACAUGGGUCAACAAGCAAAGACAAUGCGAACUCAGGUGAAGAAAAAAACAGUAAAAGAUAAAUUCAAACAGGCACAAAACUUCCUCCAGAAACUGAGGUUCUUGGCUGAUGAGCCUCAACACAGCGUUCCAGAUGUUUACAUAUGGAUGAUCAGCAAUGGCAAGCGCAUUGCAUACGCUAGAGUGCCCUCCAAAGACAUCCUUUAUUCUAAUGUGGACGAGGAGACUGGGAAAGAUUGUGGAAAAGUUAAGACCAUUUUCUUCAAGCUCCCAGGUAAAAAGGGGUUUGGGUCAGCAGGUUGGACAGUGCAAGCAAAGACAGAGAUGUAUCUCUGGCUGGGUUUGAACAGACAGCGCAAGGACUUCUUGAGUGGGCUACCAAAUGGAUUUGAGGAGAACAAGGCUGUUAGGGGGUCUGGCAUGCAGUCAUCACCCCCAAUCAGCCUGAUCUACACCAUGAAGCAGAUCUUCCAGCUGAGGGUGCACAUGUACCAGGCAAGGAGCUUGUUUGCAGCCGAUAGCACAGGUCUGUCAGACCCCUUUGCCAGAGUGUUCUUUUCUACUCACAGCCAGGUCACAGAGAUUCUGAAUGAGACCCUUUGCCCCACAUGGGAUCAACUUCUAGUAUUUGACAAUGUUGAACUGUAUGGUGAGGCCAGUGAACUAAGGGAUGACCCUCCAAUUAUCGUCAUUGAGAUCUAUGACCAGGACACUGUGGGCAAAGCUGACUUCAUGGGCAGAACAUUUGCGAAGCCCAUAACUAAAAUGUCAGAUGAGCAUUAUGGGCCGCCACGUUUUCCUCCUCAGCUAGAGUACUACCAGGUCUACCGUGGCAACUGCACUGCUGGUGAAAUGCUUGCUGCUUUUGAACUGCUGCAGAUUGGACCAGGUGGAAAGGCUGACUUGCCCCCCAUUGAUGGACCAACAGAUAUGGACCGCGGUCCAAUCCUACCAGUCCCCAUUGGUAUUAGACCAGUCCUGAGCAAAUAUCGCAUUGAGGUUUUGUUCUGGGGCCUAAGAGACCUGAAGCGAGUAAACCUUGCCCAGGUUGACAGACCACGUGUGGACAUAGAAUGUGCUGGGAAGGGGAUACAGUCAGCUCUCAUUCAGAACUACAAGAAAAAUCCCAAUUUUAACACUCUGGUCAAGUGGUUUGAAGUGGACCUGCCAGAAAAUGAGCUUCUCCAUCCUCCUCUUAACAUUAGAGUGGUGGACUGCAGAGCUUUUGGUCGCUAUACUCUGGUUGGCUCCCAUGCAGUCACCUCACUGCGCAAGUUCAUCUACAGACCUACUGACAAGACUGUCAACAACUGGUCUACUAUGGAGGAAAUUGUGAUCCACACAGAACCAGAAGCUGCUGUGAAGAAGAUGGAGACAGUAGUCAAACUUGACUCAGCCUCAGAUGCUGUUGUUAAGGUUGACAUGCCUGAUGAUGAGAAGGAUGGAAAGGGAAAGAAAAAGAGAAAGAAAGGUGGGGAGGACGUUGAGGAAGAAGAGCUUGAUGAGAGCAUGCUGGAUUGGUGGUCCAAGUACUUUGCUUCCAUCGAAACGCUCAUGGAAAUAAUAAAAGCCCAAGAAGCUGAGAAAGCUGAAUCAGAGGAGAGAGAGGACAUGGACAUAGAGGGGGCAGAUAUCAAACCUGAUGAUUCUAAUAUGAAAGGGGCCAAGAAGAAAAAAGGAAAAGCCAAGGACAAGAACAAAGCUGGGCCAGGAGAGGGACCACCAGAGAAGAAAAGGCCCAAAAUUGACGAGCUAAAGGUUUACAACAGAGAGCUAGAGAACGAAUUUUAUCACUUUGAAGACUGGCUCCACACAUUCAACCUUUACCGAGGGAAGAGCGGAGAUGACGAUGAACAAAAUGCAUCAGAUGAAGACAGACUCAUUGGCAAAUUCAAAGGCUCCUUGUGUAUGUACAAAGUGCCCAUGUCAGACGAAAUGAGCAGAGAAAUGGGCAUCGAUUCCAACAUGGGCUUGUUCCAAAAUAUUCCACACAAUGACCCAAUCAAUGUUUUAGUUCGAAUCUAUGUUAUUAGGGCUACAGAUCUGCACCCUGCAGACAUAAAUGGGAAAGCAGAUCCAUAUAUUGCCAUUAAGCUGGGAAAGUCAGAGAUCAAAGACAAAGAAAACUACAUCUCUAAACAACUAAACCCUGUGUUUGGAAAAUCGUUUGACGUUGAGGCAACAUUCCCAAUGGACUCCACCCUCACUGUGUCCAUCUAUGACUGGGACUUGGUUGGCACCGAUGACUUAAUUGGGGAGACCAAAAUUGAUCUGGAGAACCGCUAUUACAGCAAGCACAGGGCUAUAUGUGGUAUUGCAUCAAACUAUGCAAUCCAUGGCUACAACGUAUGGAGGGACCCAAUGAAGCCAACACAAAUCCUAGCAAAACUUUGCAAGGAUAACAAACUUGAUUCACCUCAAUAUGGACCUGGAGGAAGAGUGAAGGUGGCAAACAGAGUUUAUACAGGACCAACUGAAAUUGAGGAUGAAAAUGGGCUCAAAAAACAAACAGAUGAGCACCUUGCUCUUGCUGUCCUUAACCACUGGGAAGACUUUCCACGAGUAGGUUGCAAACUUGUCCCAGAGCAUGUAGAGACAAGACCUCUACUGAAUCCUGAUAAGCCUGGGAUUGAACAGGGGAGAAUUGAAAUGUGGGUGGACAUGUUUCCAAAGGAUAUGCCCGCACCAGGACCUGCCCUUGAUAUUUCACCAAGAAAACCAAAGAAGUUUGAGCUCAGGGUGAUCAUCUGGAAUACAGAUGAAGUUGUCCUGGAAGAUGAUGACAUAUUCACAGGAGAGAAGUCCAGUGAUAUAUUUGUGAGAGGAUGGCUUAAAGGACAACAAGAAGACAAGCAAGACACAGAUGUCCACUACCAUUCCCUAACCGGGGAGGGGAACUUUAACUGGCGCUUCAUUUACCCCUUUGACUACCUAAUGGCUGAAGAGAAAAUUGUCAUCUCAAAGAAGGAAUCCAUGUUCUCCUGGGACGAGACGGAGUACAAGAUCCCUGCUCGUCUGAACAUACAAGUUUGGGAUGCAGAUCAUUUCUCUGCAGAUGACUUCCUGGGUGCAAUCGAACUAGACCUGAACAGAUUUCCUCGCGGUGCAAAAACAGCAAAACAGUGCACUAUCGACAUGGUUCUUAAUGAACAAGACAUGCCAAUGGUUAACAUCUUCAAGCAGAAAAGAAUCAAGGGCUGGUGGCCAUUUAUAGCCAGAGAUGAAAAUGAUGAAAUGGAAAUCACAGGGAAAGUAGAAGCAGAGCUGCACCUCAUGACAAGUGAGGAGGCAGAGAAGAGUCCUGUUGGCGAAGGGCGCAAUGAGCCGGAGCCUCUGGAGAAACCAAAUCGCCCUGACACAACCUUCCUGUGGUUCAUCAGUCCACUCAAAGCAAUCCGAUAUCUCAUCUGCAACAACUACAAGUGGCUGAUCAUCAAAAUUGUGGUGGUUCUGCUGUUGCUGGCAAUGCUGGGUUUAUUCAUUUACAGCAUGCCAGGAUACAUGGUGAAAAAGCUACUUGGUGCCUAGGAGGCAAGGAUGCUAAAUAUUCACUUUAAACUGGCCUCACUUUGAGGCAGCCCCUUCAAGACUGAGUAGUAGUGAUGUCACAUCCAAGAUAAAAAUCUGCAUACUGUAUGAAACCAUACAGUAUGUGAAAGUAUACUGUAUGUCUGCCCUUCACAAAUGUGUUUGUGUAUAUGUAGAGAGAUACUGUACGGUGCAGAAGUCAGAGACCACCCUUCAAUUACUGAAAUUCUAGUCAUAUUAAGUACAAGAAGCCUCAACAACUAAAUAUUAUGUCAAAUUUCUCAGUAUUUAGUGUGUCCAACUUUUGCCUUUAUGACAGCCUCCACUUUUUUGAAGAGACUUGCUUUCAGUUUUUUUCACAGAAAUCUGCAGAAAUGUUCCAGACCUACCAGUUGAGUCUUUAAAGUUUCACUUUCUGCUUCUCACGAUCCAAAUAAUCCCAAACACAAUCAAUGAUGUUGAGGUCUGGCCUGUGGGGUGGCCAACUCAUUGUUUUGAGGAAAGCGGCUCCUUCUUUGUUUGAUCUGCCGUUUUUCUUCUUUUGUAUCUAUUACCUUUUCUCAUUAAAGGCUUAUUAACCGCUACACAUCAUUUCAGAUCCAUAGGUUUGAGGUUUUUGAGGUGUGAGUCUUCUCACAGUGGAAGGACGGACAGAAACAUCUGUGGAUUUUUCAGAUCUGAAGCAAGAGUGGAGCUUGAUUUUCUCCUCUGUCUCAAAGACGAAAGCUUAAAGUACUAUUAAUCUGAUGGUGGCAGUUCUGGUGGUCCAUCAGAUCUUGCAUGUUUGUUGAGUGACAUUUUUUCUAUAUUUUAUAAUAAUGUUUUGAACCCCAGAAACUAAUGCUUCACUUAUUUUCCUUGAACUUCCCUCUUCCUUAUGUAAAUGGAUUAUCUUAUAAUGUAAUUUCCUCAUAGGUAUCUCCUCAAAAUGAAUAACUUAAUGGCCAUUUUCACUGAAAAUGAAAGAAAUGAAGGAUGGUCUCUGACUUUUAUACAGUACUGUACAUCUCUGGUUGCCCCUAAUUUUGUUUUUUUGCCCAGGUAUAGACACUGCUAAUAAGACGAGCAGGUGACAACGAUGAAAAAAAAAACAUUCACAGCUGUGUUUAUUUGAGGACUACUGUCCUAAAACCAUAGGCCUUUAGUGCAAUGUGUGUCAUGAAAGUAUGUAGUGUCUGUAUAUUCAUUAAGAAACAUUUAAAAGUAACUAAAAAAUGCGUUUUAAUAUCCCUCUUUACAGUGGAAAGCAACUCAGAAAGCCAUUCUGUCAACAUUUAAACUUGAGUAGGUGUAAUAAGACAUUAAGAUAUAUUAUGUACGAUUAGACUGAAGCGUGAUUCAUCCUGCUAUAAUAAAUAGAAGAUUAAGUGAUUCUUGAAAAGUCUGUCUCUUUAUAUUGAGGUCUCUUUUUAUAGAGGUAAAAGGGAAUGUCUUGAGGACCAGUACCAGAACUGUUCUUAUAUAAUGCCAGGAUUUUAAAAGGGUUGUAUAACAAGUGAGUACAAUAUACUGAAACAGACUUUUCAAUUAUUGAUUUAUUAUAGCACUAUAGCACCACAAGCAUUUUUCUUAUUUAAAAUUAUGCAAACUUUAAAGAAGCUGUCUAUAAGCAUGGCUUUGCAUUACUGCCUAGGGCCGACGAAAUAUAAACUUGUAAUGAGGAAAUAAUCUGAGGUAAGCACAGUGUAGAGUAAUGAUUGAUGUACGAUUACACUGAGACAUUUGAAACAUUUGAGACAUUUGCUGAAAUGCACAUAUUUAGAAGUGUUAGUGUUAAAGGUGUUGAUGUGUGACUGAAGAGAGACCUACUAUACUCAUAAUUGACUACAAUUAUCUGGGAGAAACUGGUCAGGUCAAAAAAUUACACCAGACGUUCUUCUCUAUUCAUCAGUUAGAGAUGUACAACAGUAUAGACUCAACAACAGUGUAGCCUCCUACAUGUGAGACUGCAAAAUACACAAAUCUUCUCUGAAAAAGUUUAACUGUCCUUAUGAAAGUAUUACACUUAUAUAAAUGACUGGUCUGUGCUUGACAUUGCAAACGUUUUGUAUUAAUUCAAGGUUUGCACUGUAUUUUGAAUGUUUAUAGAUAAACAGACUCUGUUUGUAUUUCAUAACUGGGAGGUGAUACUUGUGUGCUUUGUGUGAUGUACCUAAAAGAAUAAACACUGUUCCUGUAUUUAUUAA